CGAACAGCGCGCAUGCGUGCGGGCUGGCAGGCCGUCCCGAACAGCGCGCAUGCGCUCAGCGGACAAAAAGAGUGGCGGAUCGGGCGCGGGUCGGAGCGGGGUUUCAGGUUAAGAACGGCAAAGAAUUUCUUUAUGGGAAUAUCAAACAACAACAUACCAGACUUGUUGCCUCUGUCCAGAUACUUAAGGUGUGACCAGAUAUUUCCUUUGUAACACCAACAUAGCCGUUCUGCCUCCUUAGAGAUGAAGGAGUAUCUCAUCCCAGCUGGAAAUGUACUUUCUGUUUGAAAUUAUUUUUCCUGUUGUAACUUAGUGAAAUCAACUGGAACCCGAAUGCUGAGAACACACCAGCAUUUGUCCUCUAGAGAUCAGGUCUGCAACUGCAUUGAUUGUGUGAAAGGAUUCACUACAUCUGACUCGAUGAACUGCCAGAGCAUUCUCCUUCUCUCAGUGUGGGAAGGGAUUCACUCACUCAGCCCUCCCACAGACACACCAGUCAGUUCACGAGGAAGACGGACCAUUCCUUUGUUGCCUGUGUGGGAGGAGAUUCACUCAGAUAUCUGACAGCAAAUUCACGCUGGUGAGAGAUUGUUCACCUGCUCAGAUUGUGGGAAGGGAUUCACUCACUCGUCCCACCUAAAGACACACCAGUCAGUCCACACUGGGGAGAUGCCGUUCACCUGUUCAGACUGUGGGAAGGCAUUUACUCGGUCCUACCAAAUGAAGGUCCAUCAACGAGUUCACACUGGGGAGAGGCCAUUCAUCUGUUCUGUGUGUGGGAAGGGAUUCACUCAGUCAUCCCACCUACAAACUCACCAGCGAGUCCACACUGGGGAGAGGCCAUUCACCUGCUCAGAUUGUGGGAAGGGAUUCACUCACUCGUCCCACCUACAGACACACCAGUCAGUUCACACUGGGGAGAGGCCAUUCACCUGCUCAGACUGUGGGAAGGGAUUCAUUCGGUCAUCUGACCUAUUGGCACACCAGUCAGUUCACAAUGGGGAGAGGCCGUUCACCUGCUCAGCUUGUUGGAAGGCAUUCACUUCAUCAUCUCAACUGAAGGUACACCAGCGAGUUCACACUGGGGAGAGGCCGUUCGUCUGCUCAGACUGUGGGAGGGGAUUUACUCGGUCAUCUCAACUGAAGGUACAUCAGCAAGUUCACACUGGGGAGAGGCCGUUUACCUGCUCUGUGUGUGGGAAGGGGUUCACUCAGUCAUCUAGCCUACAGACACAUCAGUCAGUUCACACUGGGGAGAGGCCGUUCACCUGCUCAGACUGUGGGAAGACGUUUCCUCGGUCAUCGCAACUGAAGCUGCAUCAGCGAGUUCACGCUGGGGAGUGGCCGUUCACCUGCUCAGACUGCGGGAAGGGAUUCACUCAGUCGUCUCACCUACUGGCACACCAGCGAAUUCACACAGGAGAGAGGCCAUUCAUCUGUUCUGCCUGUGGGAAAAGAUUCACUCAGUCAUCUCAACUGAAGGUACAUCAGCGUGUUCACAUGGGGGAGAGACCGUUCACCUGCUAAGUCUAUGGGAAGAGUCCAUUGGCGAGUUCACACUCAGAGGCUGCACACGUGUCCUGUGUGAUCGGUCACACCUGCUGACAAGCUCACAUGGGAGGCUGUUUAAAUAACUCUUGUUAAAUUUUUGACCAUCGCAUUUGGUAAAUCCAGUUGUAAGUUCAAGAGUGACUAUUGGUGUCGGUUUCUGCUUUUCGUCACACCUGAAGCACCCUGGUCACUGGGUAUGGGAGGGGUUUGUUCUGAUGAUGUUAGCCAUUAAUUUGACUGGAGUUAAGUUAGUUCUAUUUUAAACCUUGUGUCUCAGGUCCUUACUGACUCUGCAGCACCCUCAAUGUACAGCCAUUCUGCCUCUCUGGUCCCCGCCUUGUUUUUGUCCUGUCAGCUCCCAUCACCCGGUAGUGGUGUUUUCUCCUGUGUUCUCUCAGCUUGUCCUUAAAUCCAUCCCUGCUGCUCACCUCCAGCUGUUCUGGAUUUGGGUCCUUACUGCCUGCUUGAGGGACAACUUCCUGAUGGCGGCACGUUUGGGUUGCCCUGAGACUGGCGCCUGGUUGAUGGGCUGUGUGUCUGUAUGAUGAGGAGGGAAUCAGACCCAGGGGAGCGUGGCACUAUCAAGAUCGGAAUGCUUCUCAGUGAAACCUGUUCCACACCAAAGUCCUCAUGAUCCUGCGCCUCAUCCAUUGCUCCUCCCUCCCACCCCUUGUCCUACUCUCAGGUCGGUUACAAUCUUCGCCCUCUCUCCGUCUCUGGAUUGUCUCCUUCCCGCCCCCACCCUGUCUCUGCCUCGUCCAGUUCUCCUGUUGGUGUUACAACUUCCAUCCCUCACUGCAGGCCCGAGUCUUCCCCCUUACCCAUCCCAUCCCAUGUCCUUCCACUGUUACAACUUUACGUCCAUGGGUCACCCCCUUCCCUCCUACCUCCACACAUCCCGUCUCUGACUUGUCCUCUUCUGCCGUCAGUGUCACCUCUUUCCCCCCUCCAUUGCUGUGACCCUCCCUUCUCUCCUACUCACCUGAAGAAGUAUUCUAAAGGUAGGAUGAUGCAACCAAUAUAAAAGCAAAAUAAAAGUGCAUAUUCCACGGUUGCAUCAUCCUACCUUUAGAACACUUCU